AGAGAAAGGGAGACUAUGCCGCCGGAAUUGAUCAAAUGUACAGUAUGUGCAGCAUUGUUCUACAACAAGAGAGCCUACAACGUGCACAACACUUAUCAUCACCCGGAUGAUUUAUAUGUGACUUCCGAAGAGCAAAGAACGCAGAUGGUGACCAGGAUUGAUCAAGACUUCGACGUUAGGAGAGUACAGUCUAUGGCCGAUAGAUAUGUAUCACGAUCUAAUGUAAUUAAGAGGAAGAAUAGGAAGAAGAAUGAAGCGGAGAAUACAAUUAUUAAGACAGAGAUAAAGAGAGAGAGAUCUAUAUCAUUAGACGACCCUGCAUGUAUCAACGAGUCCAACGAGUCCAGCGAUUCCGAGAGCGAUAUCCCAUUGAAGCAAAGGAUCACCAGCUAACGGAGGUUAUUUUUAUCAUAAAAUAUUUCUAUUUCUGAUCCAAGGAAAUCUUAUUGUAAGAGAGAUUUAUGAACUGCUGCUAUACACAAUCGUGAUAGUCAUCUGCUUUUUUGCAGUUGUUAUUAUAUGUAUAUGUAUAAUUUGUAUAUUAUAUAAGUUAGGCCCGGU